UUUUUUUUUUAAAUAAUUUCGCGGAAAAAUGAUUGUUUUUCCAUUUUUGGUCUCUCCCGUUUCCUAGUGAUGUGAUGCUAUCUGCUGCUCCCCUUCUCUCGACUCCCAUAUAUCUGAGGAUUCGUCGACGGGGUUGGGAUCGGCUCGUCGCCAGUAGAAGAAGCUCUGCGGGUUUUCUCUGGUUGUAGAACUGAGUUUGGAGAAGAACCAUUGCUGUGAAUACUCUUCCUCCGGUUGCUUGUACUUGAGCAAGAUGGGAAGAAACAUGAAUAACAAACUGGAAGUAAAUCCUUAUGCAAAUGGAGGCGGCGUGCAUCCAUUCUAUUCCACAAAAAACAUCACGCUACCAUUGUGGAUAUGUUGAAAAGCUUGGAUGAUCAGCCGACAGGAAAUAAUUCAGACCGUGCUUUAGGGACUAAAAUUAUCGGAUUACGGUCGACAGGUGCUCCAGAGGUUAACGGUGUUCACCAACAUAGGCACCAUGCAGAGGUUUCCCAAUCAGGGGCAGCGAUGGCAGAACUCUUUAAACAAGAGCAGAGACGUUCAACAGAGGGUGUCUCGAUUCUGCUGCCAACAUCAACAGACUAUGCUACAGCGCCGUCCCAGCAAGUUUGCCACCCGAUUGCAUGUGGAUCGUACGAAUAUUCUGAGCAAUACCAUGAUGAAGUUAAGCCAGCAUAUGGACCUCAGAUAUCGGCACAUUCUCAGUAUCUCGGGUACAAUUCCUUGAGAUUGGGGUUGCCUCUCAGAGUGGCGGAGGAACCUGUUUAUGUGAAUGCCAAGCAGUACAAUGGUAUCUUGAGGCGAAGGCAGUCGCGAGCCAAGGCCGAGCUAGCGAGGAAGUUGAUUAGAGAGAGAAAGCCCUAUCUUCACGAGUCCCGACAUCUGCACGCCAUGAGAAGAGCAAGAGGCUGUGGAGGCCGCUUUUUAAAUACGAAGAAGCAAGACAAUGCUGCAACCGAUCCAACUCCUGAAGGUAGCAUCAGCAGCGAUUCUAGGAGUACCGGUUCAGCCAGGGAAUCCUAUCUGUCAAGCUCCAAACUGGCAACUUCCGCUCUAUCUUUGAACGAGGAUCCAUCGACCAGUCUCAUCAGCAAAGAAAAUGUGCCUCGUGCUCAAAAUGCACUUCAUACGUGGGCAAACCAUAGUGGCAACUAUGCAUGAUCUCACUUGACUUCGUACCUAUAUCCACCUGAUGAUGCGCUGAAGGAGAUUGCGACAGGCAACAGCUCUGAACAGCCUUUUGCAGCAGCAUCAUGGAAAUGGGACAUGAUAACACAACUCUGGGCAAUCAGGUUAACUAAUCCAAGACACUGGGAAAAAAAAAAAUCAAGUUUCAGCUUUUUUUUUUCUUUCGUGUUUUGUAGCAACCGAUAGUGGCAUAAGGGAGGACGGCAGCAUCCUGCACGAGAGCCACGGCACCUGCUGCCUAGUCAAGGAAGUACUUAUCGCACUGGAUUUUCGCGACAUUCUCGUGAGGGAUGUGGCAUUAUUGCCUAUUGGUGUGCUUCUAAUGUAAAGAGUAAAUGACCAAACCGUCUUUCGGUCUUGUGAGAAAAGAAGCUAUAAUGUUUAUCUUCAACUCACGCGAUCAUGUUUAUAUCUUGUUGUCAACUUGUAGUUCCAAAGUCUGUACAAACUUAUACUGCAACUUGUGCCCUAUUUUUAUCU